CAGUAUGUUUAGCCAUAAACCUGACUGACAUGAUAUCGCUCAUAUCCAAGUAAAGAAAUAGUGGAGGGGAUUACUAGUAGUUGACGGUAUUUUCCCUUCGGUUCAGUGUACGUACAAUCUACUUGUUUGCACGAUGUCUGAAGUUUCUUCUGCUACUUUGUCCGCUUUUACGCAUGGAAAUAAUAUUGACACUAAAAAAUUACUUGAAGAAGUAUUAGGUAUUUUAAAUGAAGAAAAUUUUUUUGAUACUACUGGACAAUUUCCUGUUGUUAAAUUUUUACACCCUCAUGAACUUCAGAAAAAAAUCGACAUCAAAUUAAAAAAUGAAGGAUCGAGCGAAGAAGAAAUCAAAGAUGCGGUUCGUAAAAUCGCUUAUUAUUCAGUAAAGACGUCGAACCCACAUUUCCACAAUCAAUUAUACGCUGGAGUUGACAGUUACGGUUUGGCAGGUGCUUUAUUAACGGAAUGCUGCAAUACAAGCCAAUACACGUAUGAAGUGGCGCCUGUGUUUCAAAUAUUAGAGCGACAAGUGUUAGACCAGGCAAUAAAAUUAGUAAACUAUCCUUCCUAUCCUGAAGCAGAUGGAAUUUUGUGCCCUGGUGGAAGCUUGUCAAACAUGUAUGGGAUGGUAUUAGCAAGGUACUCACGUAUUCCUGAGAUAAAGACUAAAGGUCUCAGUGGCUUGCUACCGUUAUCAAUGUUUACUAGCGAAUUGGGACAUUAUUCCAUUUUAAAAGCAGCACAUUGGCUGGGUUUUGGCACUGACAAUGUUUAUACGAUAAAAACUGAUGAGCUAGGACGCAUGGACCCCGAGGAUUUGAGAAAAAAUAUAAAAGACUCGAGAGCGCGGGGAACGAUUCCAUUCUUCGUGAACGCCACUGCUGGGACGACUGUGGUUGGUUCUAUUGAUCCGCUUGAAGAUAUUGCUGCUAUUUGCAAGCAAGAAAAUCUUUGGUUUCAUAUCGAUGCUUGCUUGGGCGGGUCUUUGCUGCUCUCCCCAAAGUAUCGUGAUCGAUUGAAAGGCGUUGAAUUAUCGGAUUCAGUGUCAUGGAAUCCACAUAAAAUGCUUGGCGCGCCUCUACAGUGUUCGUUUUUUUUAGUCAGACGUAGAAAUUUGUUACACGAAGCUAAUUGCUCCGGAGCGACGUAUUUAUUUCAGCAGGAUAAAUUUUAUGACGUCUCCUGGGACACUGGGGACAAAAGUGUUCAAUGCGGCAGAAAGGUGGAUGCUGUUAAAUUAUGGCUGAUGUGGAAGGCAAGAGGCACCAACGGACUCGCGUUAUCCGUUGACAUUGCCAUGGACUGCGCCGAUUAUUUUUUCAACAAAAUAAAAAAUCGCAAUGGCUACAGACUCGUCUUCCCAAAAUACGAAGGUAACACCAUCAGCUUCUGGUAUAUACCUCCGAGCAUGAGAAGCCAACCGGAAACCCAAGAAUGGUGGGACAAAUUGUACGCAUUAACCGCUAAAAUAAAGGAGCUUUUAGUGUUGGAUGGCCGGUUAUUAAUCGGUUACAGUCCACUGACAGGUAAAAAAAUCGGUAACUUUUUCCGAAUGGUCGUUUCCUGCCAACCGACACCUUCUCAUCAUUCCAUGGAUUUCGCUCUUCAACAAAUUGAAUUUAUAGCUUACAAAUUAUAACCUGUGACUACCGUAACUUUAUAAUAAAUAUUCCAUACAGUAA